CCACAGUCCGCGCAAAGUCCCAAGCCUUUUUUUCUCACGUCCAAAAGCGAAGCCAUGUACCGUCACUCCUCCGCCGCCGCCUCCUCCUCGUCGGCGCCCUCCUACAGCGACGCCCUCAUGCACCACCACGCGGCGGCGAGCUUCCCCGCCGCGCUGUCCGUCACCGUCCCGGCCCAGAUCCCCCGCGGCGCCGCGGCGGGGUACCUCGACGGCAAUGUUGGCGCGUUCUCGUCGCCGCCGUCGUCCUGCUACUCCUCGUCGCUGCCUGCUUCGUCCUACUACAACAGCAUCCAGAGGAGCAUCAGCUCCCACUCGCUCCCGAUGCACAUCCAGCUCGCCGACGUGUCCUUCGGCGGCGGCAGCAAUGGCUUCUUGUCGCCGUCCUCCCCGUCCCCGCACCAGCUGCCGCUACCGCCGCUCUCGUCCUCCCCGUCCUCUUCCUCCGGCGACCUCUUCGAGUUCACCUCGUCGUGCCCCGUCCGCCGCGUCUUCAGCACCGGCGACCUCCAGGGGAUGAACGGGUCGUCGCCGCCACGGCCGGUGCCGUCGGGCGACGGCUGCGGCCAAGAGGGAGGCGGGCCGUUCUCGCAGAAGGUCGGGCGGUACAGCGCCGAGGAAAGGAAAGAGCGGAUCGAGCGCUACCGCGUGAAACGGCAUCAGAGGAACUUCAACAAGAAGAUCACUUACGCGUGCAGGAAGACGCUGGCCGACAGCCGGCCGCGGGUGAAGGGCCGGUUCGCGAGGAACGGCGAGCCCGAGGCGGAGGCCGACGAGCGCGAGGCGUCGGACAUCAGCUACGAGUACUGCUGCGGCCACAACGAACUCAGCAACGGCAACAACACCUACAGCGGCGGCGCCGGCGCCGGCGCCGGCUGCUACGACAGCAGUCACUACAGGCUGCUGGACGGCGUCGGCAGCAACGGCGCCGUCUCGGCAUUCAGCGGCGCCGGCGACAAUGGCGAGUGGUGGUGGCGGGCGCCUGGUGCCGCCGCCGCCGCCGCGGCCGACGAUGCGCAGCGGCUGCAGCGGCAGGUCGGCUUCGACGAGGAGGACGAGCUCUGGGCGACCCUCGGCGACAUGCUGUCGGUGCACCAGCUGGCGUCCUAGGCCGGCCGCGCGCCUGCACCUAGCAGGCCAGGGUCACCUGUCACUACUAGCCAGGCAGCCAGGCAGGGCGACGGGACGAGCGCGGCGCUGGUGGCCGGUGGGGUCCGGCGCGCGCGCGAGCACUGAGGCUCGAUCAGGGGCGCAGCGGCAGUGCGGUGCGGGUGAGAGGUCGGGCCGGCCGGGGUGGCGUCGUUGACCUUCCCUAGUGUAUGCAUGAAUCAUGAUUGAUUUGCCUUGUAACUUUUAGCCGGAAACAUCAUGAAGCAACCAAAAAAAAAAGU